CACUCCCGAGUUGACAAGUACUACUAUGAGCCAGGGACUGGACUGAAAUUCCGAUCUUUGAGAGCAAUUGAGAGAUAUGUCAAUGGUGAAGAAUAUACUCCAAGACCCGGGGCUUUGACGUGGCAUGACAAUCACUACAAGUGUUCUGAGCAUAGGAAGAUGAUUAUUUGCGGUGGAAAGAUGAUGAGACUUAAUGAAGAGCCAUUGAGUGGAAAUCACUUAGCAAUUGCGGCUUCUAGAGAAACUGCGGCCAUGUCACCCUAUGAUCUUCCAGAUGGUUGGGUUGUUGAGGAGGUUCCUCGGAAAAAUGACUCCCAAACGGACAAGUAUUACUACGAACCAGGAAGUGGAAAGUUUCGAUCCUGCAUAGGUGCUAAGAGGUACAUAGCCGAACUAAAAGAAGAUAUUCCAUUAUCUGCUGCUCUUGCGGAGAUUAAGGAGAUGAAUAGACCACUCUCCAAGGCAUUUAAACUGGGCCGUCUUGUAAAGAACUCCAUUUCAUGUAAGAAACAGUGUGCUAGAAGCAAAACUCAAACUUCGUCACUUGUUAGUGUACCAGUGAAGGUAAAUUGGGUUCUUGCCAGUCCUCAAGGGGACGUGUGGAACCCAUUUAUCUUCAAUAUCAAGAUUCCGGUUUCCGUAAAGCAGCAGUGGAAUGAAAGAUUCAGGUUAGCCUGAAUGUGGAGAAUCACAGCACACCAAAUAGUGGUAAACCAAGUUGAUGAAGGACGGGCUGGAGACAGUCCCCAGAAGAAGACAUAAUUGCGGUGAUUUCAUGUUGCUUGUAAGCCUCCGGAAAGCAGCCGUUGUAUAGUUCAACUAAAUGAUUACUCUGUAUAUACUAAUGAGUUCUUGUUAUAAAAUUUUGAAGAAAAACUAAAAAAAAAAAAAAAAAAAGAACUUUUCUACUACGAUGUUAAAAUACUGGCAUGUGAAAGUGGUUUAUGCUUUCUACUAUCACCUGUGGAAUGUAAAGAUCUUUUAGUCAA